AUGGCAAACAACCCUCUCAAUACCUAUACGGGCCCUGAGUCUCUGAUCGACUAUCAUAACCCAGACUGCCAGCCGUUCCUACCGUUGGUUGAGAUACCCGAGAAGUUGAACCCUUACCGCAAGGAUGGCGUCCGGAUAUAUGCGAAAAUGAUGACUAUGCUUCCUAUACACAACGUCAAAUCCUUGCCUGCACUGCGAUUGCUCCAGAAAGGAAACGGAAUCAAAGAGGGCACACAAACCAUCGUGGAGUAUAGCUCGGGAUCGACGAUCAUUUCAAUGGCCGUGCUAGCAAGGGUGCUGCAUGGCAUCGAUGACACAAGAGCUUAUCUGAGCAACAAGACAAGCACCACUAAGAUCCGACUAAUGCGACUGUUCGGGCUGGAAGUAACGUUGUUUGGAGGACCAUCUCAACCAGAACCAGCUGACCCCAGAGGUGGCAUACAGAAAGCCAAAUCUCUAGGAGAGGAAAGCGAUGACGCUUUCAAUCCAAACCAGUACGAGAAUCCAUUGAAUCCAGAUGCGCACUCCCGUUGGACAGGUCCGCAAAUCAUAAAGCAACUUCCUCAGAUAAACGUGUUCUGUACCGGCAUGGGGACAUCAGGAUCCAUGACAGGAACGGGCACAUAUCUCAAGAGUCAAAAGCCAUCGAUCCACUCUGUCGGCGUGUGUACUGCUGCAGGUGAUCGGGUCCCAGGGCCCAGAUCGUACGCACUGCUGGCGCCGGUUGAAUUUCCAUGGCGCAAGGCUGUUGAUUCCAUUGAGCAUGUUGGCUCAUAUGACUCCUUCCGCCUUUCUCUGGAGCUCAUCAGAGAGGGCCUUCUCUGCGGGCCAUCCUCAGGCUUCAAUCUCCAGGGUCUGUUCCAGUUCAUCGAGAAGAGGAAGAAGGACGGGAAUCUUCACGAACUGGCGGGCGAAGAUGGAGAAAUCCACUGCGUGUUCCUAUGCUGUGAUUUGCCAUACCAGUAUGUCGACGAGUACUUCGAUAAGUUAGGGGAAGAGCAUUUCCGUCCCAUCGUUAAUGAGAACCUGGUCGGAGUCGACAAGUACCGCUAUGACGAGGCAUGGGAAGUCACGCCCGAUGAAGUCCUCAAUAAAGCAUAUUCCUCUAGCAAGAAACCCCGCCUUGAUACUUAUCAAGACGAGAACAUUGACCUCAAUUCGGCGCAGCUCAAACCAGACACGGUGAUCUUGGAUCUCCGGAAUCAACCGUCCUUUGGAACGUGGAAUCUUCCGGGCAGCAUCCACUUUCCCAUCUCCUCCCUCCACGAAAAGGAUCCAUCGCCAUUUGCAGACUCAUCUCUCCUGAAGAACCAAUGGCUGGAACUAGACGGCAUUUUCGCACCGUCCUCAACAGCACAGAGCAGGAAGAUCUCACGCCGGAAAAACAAGCUGAAGGUUGUUGUGGUGGACUAUGAGGGCGACACUGCACGCGUGGCCACGAGUGUGUUGCGGGCCAAGGGAAUUGAAGCAUGGAGUAUGCGGGGUGGCAUCAGCCAACUUCGGAGUAUUUUGGCAAAAUGA